UAGCACCAGGCGGGACUUCCGGUAAGUUCUCCUCCUCGCGGACGGGACUUCAGUGAAGGCUGGCGAGCAGGCAAGAAAGGGUUUGGUCCGUUCCGGUAGCGGUCUCGUUGUCACCGGUCGGUGUGUGUGCGUCAGCCCGGCUCCGGACUGCUGCAAGACCUUCCCGGGCGGCGGAGGCGCCUUAACGCGGAAGCAGCCCCGUAAAAAGCCCUCCUUCCACCCACCCAACCAACCCUACAUUCAUCCCCGUAGAUGAACGUCGUCCUCGGCUAUGCUUCCCUGAGAGCGCCCGCCGGUGUGGUACCCGCCCUGCCAAAAUGUCCGAUGUCAACAAGACUCUGCAGAAAUGGCACGCCAGUUUCAGAAAAGGCACGGACUUUGACUCGUGGGGGCAGUUGGUGGAGGCGAUAGACGAGUACCAAAUUCUUGCGAGGCAGCUGCAAAAAGAAGCGCAGUCGUCAAACUCAACAGACUUCACGGAAGAGCAGAAGAAACAUUUAGGGAAGAUUGCAACAUGCCUGGAGUUGAGGAGUGUCAGUUUGCAGUGCACGCAGUCGACAGAGGAGUUCAAAUUGGAAGACUUAAAGAAACUGGAAGGCAUCAUCAAGAACUUAUUGACGUACAACAAAGAAUUCCCAUUCGAUGUCCAGCCGGUGCCCUUAAGAAAAAUCCUCGCUCCCGGUGAAGAGGAGAACUUGGCGCUGGAGGAAGAAGACGCCGCCGCCGUCGCCGGUUCCACGGAAGCGUUCCCCCCGAGGGCUCCCGCCUCGCAAGGUACCUUGUUGCCACGGUUACCGUCCGAACCCGGAAUGACGCUGCUCACGAUAAGAAUCGAAAAAAUUGGUCUGAAAGACGCCGGGCAGUGCAUCGACCCGUACAUGACCAUAAGCGUCAAAGAUUCGAACGGGGUGGAUCUGAACCCGGUGCAGGACACCCCCGUGGCCACCAAAAAGGAAGACAUCUACAUUCACUUCAGCAUGGAUGUGGAGAUCCAAAGACAUGUGGAGAAACUACCUAAAGGGGCAGCAAUUUUCUUUGAAUUCAAGCACUACAAACCCAAGAAGAGGUUCACCAGCACAAAAUGUUUUGCCUUCUUGGAAAUGGACGAGAUCAAGCCCGGGCCCAUCGUGAUUGAGCUGUACAAGAAGCCCACCGACUUCAAGAGGAAGAAACUGCAACUUCUCACAAAGAAGCCCCUUUACCUUCAUCUUCAUCAAACCUUGCACAAGGACAGCUAAGGCGCUCCACGAGGCAGCCGAUCACACACACACAAAAUAUAGCACCAGUAAAUCAUAUUUUUUUUUUCUCUGUGACUAUAUUAACAGAGUCGAGGGAACUGAGCCACCAGUUGGUCGCGUCCACGCAUUUCUUUCCUUUAUUAUUAUUAUUAUUAUUAUUUUUUUAAACUGCAUUCAGAGUUAUUCGCAGGACAUAUUUCACGCAGCAACAGCGCGCCGGGUCGGACUCCCCGCCACGUUGUGUCAAUAUGAGGUGCUCGAUCGUCUCUGUUUGCACUUGUUGGACCUUGAGACAAAAGUGUGCAAAAUAUGCUGCCGAAAAUAAAAAGAUGACGUCACGUGUAGCAAAUAUUAAACCGGGAUGCUUACUGAAUCUUUUAAAAUGCCCACGCUAACAACAAAAAAGUCCACGUGGAGACAUUUUGGUGCUUGUUCACGUCUUUUCCGAUAUUUGUUAUUGUUCCAUUUCAAAUGGAAAAUAAUUCCAAUAAUGUAAGAGAACAUGGGUGUGCAGAAUUUAUUUUUUUUAAUCUCACCAGCUCUUAAAAUUAAUUCAUGAAUCAAUAUAAAAUCUGCCCCUUCACCCAAUUGCUAACAGCAACAAUAUGUAGAAUUUUGCAAUACAUUUUUUUUAAAUGGUAGUUGAACUAAAAAAAAAAAAAGCUUCACCACGUAAUCAAUCAUAUUGCUGCAAAGAAAAUUUUAAUUAAUUAAAAUGAUCUGCACACCUCCUUGUUCAAACUGCUGCUUCAAGUGCAAUAAAUAUUCAAAUUAUUACAAAUGAAAAUACAGCAUGAACUAAUAAUGAUAAAUAGUAACUCCUCAAAAAAUAUGUAAAUAAUAUUCCCGUUUCAAGCUCCACCCCUUCACCGAAUUUUACAUUUAUAAAGUGAGUAAUAAUUUAAAAUGACUAACGAGAAUAUAUAAUUACAUUGCAAAAAAUGAUUGCCCCAGCUCACAUACAUUCAUUGUGAGCAUAAGCAGUAUAGAAAGAGGAUGGUUUUUAUUAAUACUUUGUUUCAAGCCUCCUCCAAAUGUGAUAAAUAUUAGUUUUGAAUCCAUAAAUAAAAGGCCUAAAAUGAAUCAAAAUUUAAAAUAUAAAGCACAGGUGUCAAACUCAAGGCCCGGGGGCCUGAUCUAGCCCAGCACAUGAUUUUAUGUGGCCCGCGAAGCCGCAUCUAGAGUGUGAAUUUCCACAAUUCUUGUAAAAAUCUGGAGCAAAAUUUCAAAUUGUCAUAUAUCAUAAAUGAUAAGGUUGAGAUAUUACAAAUAUUUUUGUGUUACCAAACUUGAACACCUGAAAAAAAACAUUACCUUUGAUUUCUAAUUCCAAAACUAGUUCAUAAAUUGAUGUAAAUAUGAUGAGAUGAUUACAUAUUUUUGUUCCAGUCAUAACGGCCCUCUGAGGGGAACCGGAUCAACAAUGUGGCCUGGGAGAAAAAUGAGUUUGACACCCCUGAUAUAAGGGAUGAAAAAUAUGUAAUUAAAAUGACCUUUUUGCACAUUAAUGAGUAUAAAUGAUUUUGUCAUCAAAUCAAGAAGUAAUUGAAGUGUGGACAGCACAGCUUUCAUUAUUACACAAAAAAUAUCAAUUAUUUAGGAAUUACAGCCAUUUUAUGCAGUAUUUCCAAAACUAUUUGGACAAUUGACCGGCUGAAGGCAGAUCAAACAUAUUUGAUAUGUUAUUAAAUUUAAAUCAAUCUGGCAGCUAUGUGACACGAGCUCCCCAUAUGAACAUAAAUAAAAUCAAUUUGAACGACUUUUUGGAUGACGCGGUGCCAUUGUCCACUCUUUGCGUCUUUCACCUUCCUCCUCACGUCAGGUGACACCGGGAGAGUAAUAUUAAAUAUAUUUGCGUUAACUUACGUCGCACCUGAUUUGAAUGUCACAUUUUUAUGCACAAGAUUGUGUUUCGCAACCUCACACUCAGUCCCGACGGAUGCAAACGAGUUUUGGAAUCUGACAUUUUCCCCGGCAAACCUUUUUUUUUUUUCCUCCAUCAUUUAAUAUUAUGGUUUUCAUUAAUUUUGAUUGCAAUACUUGAUUUUUUUUUUUUUUUUUUAAGAUGUUAUUUUUGUAAGGUCCAGGACUAUAAAUGAACUGUUACGACACACUAACUGAUGAAAAUGCAGUAAUUGUAUGCGUGGAAGUGCGACGUGGAUGCCUGGAUUGAUAAGACUGACAAGCGAAGAUGAUCAAUACAUUCCUUUCUAAUAAAAGAAUAAAAAAAAGUUUGUGAAUUUAUUUGCAUUUUGUCCAUUUGAAUAUACACAGAUCUUGGAUAAAAUAUUCAAAUAUACAGUAUGUACAUAAUGAUUAAAUAUUUCCGAAUGGAGGGUGAGCUGGGCAUGUAUUUUAAAAUGGUUGAUUUUGAUAAUUUCAACUAUUUUAGCAAAUUUUGUGUACCGUCAGUCACAGCGUUCUUCAAAAAGUUGUAUUUGAAAAACUGUAAAAUAAUUUUUUGUAGGGAAACUGUUCUUAGCACAUGUCAGUCAGAUCAAUUUUUGCAUUCUUUAUUAUUAAAAAGAUUUCUACCAACAUAGCAAAAUAAGUUAUACAUCUGCCCAUCAAAUUACAUAUUUGCUUUACAGUCAGCUCCAGAGGAAACUAUUUGGGGGGGAAAAAAAAAUUAAAAACACGACUUGAAAUGAUCGUGAAACGCUAAUGGCUAAACCUCUCUUAUUCCCGCUUUUAAAAAAUUUCCACAGGAAAUGACAUUGAAAAAUCUUAAAAAAAAAAAAAAAAAACAUGACUAUUUAUAGUUUUAAAA